AUGAUUUCAGGUAGUCACUUUAUUCAAGAGAAUGACAACGUUCAGCCUGUAGGCAGCAGCCGCAUCCCAACAUUCGGUUCCCGCUUGCCGCAACCUUCGUCAUCCGCCGUCACUGCCAUUCCCACCAGCCGCAUAGCAGUACCCGGCACUGCCGUCGCCAGUGGUGCCAUCUCUCGAAGUCCGACACAACCUACGGCGCCACCUAUCCGUCGUACAGUGAGGAACGUCGCGUCUUCGCGUCCGCGAUCACCGCAGCCGCUGAGUCGACAGGGAUCGGCUGCGUCGUUGAAAGGAUCUUCGUCGAAACCGUCAUCGCGUCCAACUUCACGACCUCCGUCUCGGCCAGUAUCUCCUUCAGCCCAGGCCGUUCGCCCAGGCCAAACAGCCCAAGUAGGCGGCAAACGGGGAAUCGUACGAUACGUGGGACCCGUCCACUGGGCAGCAGGUUUAUGGUGCGGCCUAGAGGUAGCCGUAGGGUUGGGCAAAAACGAUGGGGCGGUCCACGGACGCAGGUACUUCCAGUGCCCGCCCACUGCGGGAGUGAUGGCCCCGUUGGCUAAGGUGCAGGUGCUACAUGUUGAUCCAGAGCAGAGUCAGCGGGAAGGAAAUGACGAUGUGUCAGGACCUCAUUCUAUGCUAUUCAUCGAGUCACAAGUAGAAAGAAAAAACAUCAAUACGACCUCCUCAACAUUUAUUGUUAGUCGCGAUACGCCAGAUAGGCGACCGCAAUCAGAAGUUGUAUGUAAUAGACCAGAAAUCUUGAACAAGAAGAGAUGCAAUGACACCUUCGUAACAAGCUGUUCAGGAAUACCACAGGUCGACCAGGAGGACAAACAAUUCCAAAAUUGCGAAAACAGUCUGAGCGACUCGAACAUUGAGGUGAAACGAAGGCGUACCAGCAACACCAAAAACAAACUGAUCGAGUCGUUGACGUUGAGAAGUCUGCCCGAAUCGAUUGAGAAACCGACUUCACUGCCUCCACCUAAGAGUAGCUGUAGCACUCCUCCGUUAGCUUCGUUGGUGUUCAAGAAACUCAGCUACACGUCGGUGAAGAACGAAAUCGCGGAACCGCUGUUGAGGAAGUUGCGCAACAGCUUUAUCGGAAGUUCUGACAAGAACCACGAAGAAGACAGCAAGACGGAUUCGUUGGACGAUUCACUGGGAAUCCUGACCCCGGAUCAAAUGAGCGACUUCCCGUCGUUCGCGCAGACAAGGUUACCAAGCUUUGAAUACGAAAACGGCGAAUGCUCGAUGAAGAAACAGGACGAGGCUGACUGUGAGGAAAAACCACCUUGUCCAAAGACGUUGUCUUUGGCUUUGCCACAAUCCAACUUCUCCAGGUCAAAGGAGGACCUCCAAAGUCCAAAUGCUGGCACGGCGGACUACAGUUUCGGUAUCAUCGACGACCAAGUGCUAUCGAACCUGACGCUCAUCACCGACACGACGGUGAAUCUGGAUGAUUUGAAUUUGGCUAGGAUGGAACAGACUCCAUCUCCUGAGGAGCUGCCUCUGGAUCCUACGCCGAUUGUUGAAGCUGAUAAGGUGGAUGCGACGAAGGUAAAGACCACAAACAAUUUCGUGACCAGUAUAACCAGCAUCACGAGCCUGGAUACGGGAUACCAAGGUGACGGGGAGAUGUCUAGACCAGCCAGCCGAGGAGCUGACAGUUCACCGUUGACUAGAAGACCUUUGCCUAGACCCCAGGUCAGGAGGCAGGACCCGAUGACCGAUUCUGAUUUUUAUACUGAGAGUGAUGCUGACAAUCAUGACGAUAAUCAGUUGAAAGGGGAUCGGAAGGCACAGGUCAUCGACGGAACCUUGUAUGGUGUCGACCCGCAAGCCGCGGCCGAUAUCUACGUCAACAACCGGGAAAACAUGGACUCCAGCGGCAUCUUCACCGACAUCGAAAACCCAUCAAGAACCGAAGAGGACAUUGUAGACAAUGCCGUCCCAGAUCCUUCGCCGUCAGACACCGCAAGCACUAAGACAAUUUCUGCCAUAAACAGCCAAAAUAAUCUGCAGGAUAUUCUCGAUAAGAAGAAUGAGAGUAAAGAUAUAAUAGAAAAACAAGUGCCAAAAGAAAACCCAAAGAAGAGAAAUGCGUCUAGUCCACGUUUGUACACUGCAAGUCCAGUAAGGUCGAAGGAAGAAAGUAUCGCGAAGAAGUAUAAGAUGCCAAAGAGAGAAGUGACGUCGAAGGUGAAAUCCAUGAUAAAGUCUCCUCAAGUACAAACGCCGGAGGCAGAAAAGAAGAAGCCUGUGGGACGUUGGGAUGCCGUAAUGAGCAGAAUAACGAAAACUGAUUCGAAUAAAACGAACUUAAAAGAAGUUAAGUCCAAGGUAUACAAUAAUGUUAGGCCGACGGUAAUGCAGAAGUCGCCAAAUAAUAAAUUUAACACUACUCCUCCACCCGCUGUAAAAAGGCCUAGAUCUGCACUUAGUUCUGCUUCACCAAUAGAACGACGAGUUCGAAACCGGUCUUCAACUGGAAGCGUAUCGAAGAUCGGAAAUCUAGAAAACAGCAUAAACAGUUCCCUCAGUGACCUUAGUGCGGCGACUCUGCCUCCCAACAGCAAAACAAUAGGUGAGUUAUUUAAUUUAUUCGUAUUCGCCAGGAGCGAUGUGCAUGUGGGGGGGGGGGAGAUUAAUAAUCGUGACGCACGCGGGCCUGGGGCCUAA